AUCAAAGUUCAAUCAAUUCAGUAACUUCAUUCAUCUUUGUUGAGAAUGGGCGGUUCGUGAGUUGACGUAUUUAGAUGCGAUAUUGUUUUAUUUGCGCAGAAGUGUUUCGCAGGUGAAAAUGUGUUCAAUUUGCAUACCGAUGUUCGUAAGUGUUGUGUGAUUUGUUAACUAUAGACGAAUGUGAAGUUUGGGACUUAAACUAGUGGAAAUCCGUGUUUGGCCACCAUGCCGGGUCUUAUUGGUAUCGGUGAAUUCAUUGAGGAAACUCGAGAGGAUUACAGUUCACCUACUACUUCUACGUUCGUUUCUCGCAUGCCACAAUGUCGUCAAACCAUCAGUGCUUUGGAGGAGACGUUGGAUUUCGACCGAGAUGGCCUCACGAAGUUGAAAAAGGCGAUAAAAGCAAUACAUAACUCUGGAAAUGCACACGUGGACAACGAGAUGUACCUCUCCCGGGCACUGGAGAGGCUUGGAGGCAACGCACUCAGCAAAGACUCGGAGCCCGACAUCGGCGCUGCCUUCUUAAAGUUCGCAGUCGUCACUAAAGAACUCUCCGCACUCAUGAAAACACUGAUGCAAAAUAUAAACAACAUAGUUAUGUUUCCGGUCGAUAGUCUUCUAAAAGGAGACUUGCGAGGAGUAAAGGGUGAUUUAAAACGGCCUUUCGAUAAGGCGUCAAAAGACUACGAGUCAAAGUACCUGAAAAUUGAGAAAGAAAAGAAAUCGCAGGCUAAAGAAGCUGGUCUCAUCCGAAGUGAAGUGACUCCAGCUGAGAUAGCUGAUGAGAUGGAGAAGGAGAGAAGGUUGUUUCAGUUGCAAAUGUGUGAGUACCUGAUAAAGUUCAACGAAAUAAAGACGAAGAAGGGGAUCGAGUUGCUUCAACACUUGGUGGAGUAUUAUCACGCACAGACGAAUUAUUUUCAAGACGGCUUGAAGACGAUUGAACACUUUGGCGUUUACGUCGCAGACUUAAGUGUACAACUGCAGAAGAUCCGACAACAACAAGACGACGAACGACGGAGGUUGCUAGAGCUCAGAAACAUGCUGCGAGCAGCUGCGCCUCAGGACAGAGAGGUGGUGUCAUCGGUCGGUGGCUACUCUCUGCAUCAGAUGCAAGGCGACAAACAGCACGGGGUCAGCCGGAGCGGCUACUUGCUCAAAAAGUCUGAGGGGAAGGUGCGACGCGUUUGGCAGAAGCGACGGUGCCGGGUCACUGCUGAAGGCUUCCUGGACAUUUUCCACGCAGACGAGAACAAACCUCCAGCGAGGGUCAACCUCCUUACAUGCCAAAUUAAAGUAGCCGCUGAAGAUAAAAGGGCAUUUGAUCUAGUAUCAUACAACCGAACAUACCAUUUCCAAGCUGAGGACGAGAAUGAACAGCGAGCGUGGACGUCUGUGCUGGUGAACUGUAAGGAGGGCGCCCUGAUACGGGCCUUCCACCAGCAGGCAGACGAGAGCAACGACUCGGGUCACUCGUUGCUGGACCUACAGCGGUCGAUCAUACGGGCUGUGCGCGCCAUGCCGGGAAACCAAGUCUGUGCCGAUUGCGGAUCUACUAAUGACCCAACGUGGCUAUCAACGAACUUCGGCAUCAUAGUAUGUAUCGAGUGCUCGGGCUCGCACCGGGAGCUGGGCGUGCACAUAUCGCGCAUACAGUCCCUGACGCUGGACCGCCUCAGCACGUCACAGCUGCUGCUGGCGAGGCACAUGGGCAACCAGAUGUUCAACGAAGUCAUGGAGAGUACGCUCGAUGAAAGGGAGAAGUUGACGCCUGAGAGUUCCAUGGAGGAGCGUCUCCGGUUCAUCCGCGAGAAGUACGUGUACCGCACGUUUGCGGCGCAGACGUGCUGCGACGCCGCCGAGCGCCUCUCCGAGGUGGAGCACGCCGUCAACAACGGACAUCUGCAGAACUUGCUGCAGGCAUACGCUGAGGGCGCUGACUUGGCCGCCGCGCUACCAGGCUCGGAUCUCGGAGAAACAUCGCUACACUUAGCGAUAUCGCGGGAACUGGGCGACGGUUCCUCUUUACACAUAGUCGAUUUUCUAGUCCAAAAUGGUGGUUCCCAGUUGUUAGACAAGCCCAACUCUCAGGGUAUGACUGCACUGCACCUAUGUGCCGCCACCGACAGAACUGAACCUAUGAAGUUGUUGCUCAAAGCUGGCGCCGACUCGACGAUCAAGGAUGCGAGUGGCAGGACCGCGUUACAAAUCGCGAGGCAGUACCGACAUCUUGGCUGUUUAGAAUUGUUGGAAAACGUCGACAAACGAGAGAAGAGUAUAUUCGAGAAUAUAAACAUAGACUGGAACUUAUCACAUGAUGAUGGCUCAACAGAUUUUUCAGAUGAUGACACUGUAAUAGACGAAAGGCAAAACGGCAGCCUAACGCCGGAGAAGAAGUGCCCUCGCUCUCGUCCGCCGUCGUACGCGGGCGGCGCCACGCUGGGCGCGGCGGGCGACUCGCCCGUGCUGCGCUCGCGCUCCUCCACCUGCGACUCGCUGCACCACGCGCCGCCCACCCCGACCACGCUGCCCAGGAAACCUAACGUCUAUAACAUCGGCAGCUUGAAGAAACGAGCGGCGCCGCUACCGCCGGCCGUGCUCCCGCAGGCGCCGCACCCGCGCUCCACGCCCUCGCCCUCUGCCGACAGCGCCAGGUCACUGCACGUGGUAAGCACAUCGCAAUCAAACAAGGUCCGUCCGGUGGCGCCGCCGCCGACGCCGCCGCCCGCCGCACUGCACAACGGCGCUCAUCACCGCGACGAGCCCACGCCGCCGCCACGAAAGAAGAAAAAUAGAUUGCACCUGGAAAAGGCUGUGAAAGCGAGACUGAAAAGGGAAUGUUCUAGUCAAGACUCGUCGCUGGAGUUGUGCGACAUGACGGACUCGUGCUUGGACGACAGCCGGCUGCAGUCGGCGCUGUCGUGCGACAGCACGCGGUCGCGCGAGCGGUCGCGGAGGAGCGACAGUCGCUCGCUCGACGUGUCCGACACCUCCAGUGUACACUCGCGCUCGCCUUCUGCUUCUAUUACUAUGAUGGGAGGGUUGCGAAGGUGUCGGGCGCUAUACGACUGCUCGGCUGACAACGAGGACGAGCUAUCAUUCCGCGAGGGCGAGGUCAUCGUCGUCAUCAACGAACGCACUGAAGACGACAACUGGAUGGAGGGACAAGUGGAGGGCACCGUGCGGCGCGGCAUGUUCCCCGUCUCCUUCGUGCACAUGCUGCCUGACUAAGCCGCCGCAGACACGGGACCUUGACAGCCACGGAACAUGGGCCAACACCCAUGUUCAUAGAAACCUGUGUUACAAUAUAAUAUCGGUAGUCACCACGUAUAUCGGUCAGCAGCCGCAGCGGUGCAAGCUUGAAAUUGUAUUCUUGCUUAACAUGCUGAACCCAACGCCAUAAAACUGACAAGUUCAAAGUCCCAGUCAGUAUGGAGAUUGUAUAAAAAUCCAUUGAGCUCCGUUUCUACGGAUCAUGUAAAAUUCUUAUCGCAUUGUAUAUUCGUCUUUUAAUGUAAAUGGAAACCAAAAAUUCUGGUAAUAUAAGGUUGGAUUGUAGCGACGGUAUGACUGAAUGGAUUGUGUUCAAAAUUACUAAAUAAACACCAGUUUAAAAGCGAAUUUCAACUAUAAAUAUUUUACUUUGAAUAUCUGGCCUAAAGCUUGGCUUUUGUUUGGAUGGCUACGAGCUUAUUUAUUCUAGUAUUUUAUAUACUAUCUAUUACAGUUCAAUAUUCGGCAUAAAUAAACACAUGUAAGUUAUUGCUGCUAAACAAGCAACAUUCGUUCAUUUUACGAUGUUAACACCAAUAUAGAUUGUUCAGUAUUAUACUAAUUAAUAGCUAUACCCCCAGUGCGAAUGGUUUGAAAAAAAAACUACCAUUGCCGACAAAGAGCCUUGUAUUUCCGGCAUAAAAUUAUCUAAUUUAUAACUUUAAAAUAGAUUCGCACUUUACAAGGGUUGUUGUACUUCAUUGUUAUAAUAUUAUACACAGUUUUCAUACUCAAACAUUUUAACCAUUCCACGUUUGGAUAAUAAACUCUGUACACAUGUUCUGUCAUUGUCGAGAUGUUACGAUAGUUUCACUAUAUCGUGUUAGUUACUGCUUAGCGUUGCUACGAAUUUAUAACACCAAUAUUGUAAGUUAUGCCAGUAGACAGUCCGUCCUGACGCGGAUUUUUUUACUUAAAUUUUCGUUAAUCGUUUCAAUAACUUCUGUAAAUGUAUCGUCUGUUUCUAGAAUCGAGAACAUUGAUUGGUAUGUGUUGUAUGUAAAGAGUCAAAGUCAAGUGCUCACUCUUUUAAAAUAAUUCCAAAAUAUUUCUUAGUAAGUGAAAAAUCGAUGUUGUAAAUCGAGUAAUUCUACUCGUUCAUGUAGAGUAUAACUUUGUAAGCUAGUUUAUAGAUCACAAUAUAAGAUAUUCAAACGAUUGCUCGUCAGUGAAAGUUUCCACUCAAUGGGGCAUCGUUUAGUUUGUCAUAAUGUGAUAUUUUGGCUUAUAUGUACAUUUUAUUCGAGUCUUUGAUGUCACACUUACUAAAAGUUAAAAUAUUUUUUAUUUUG